AUGAGGCAUAGAGAACCUCCUCUCUAUCAAAUGCCUCACCUGUGGCAGCCAAACUUGGAUAUGAUGAACCCAAUGGUGAACAGUCACGCUGACUUUAAACUGGGUGGAUUAGCGAAGUGGAGCGGAGAUUACCCCUUCAUGCAUUCGAGAAGCAAGCAGGCCACUGAGCCUGAUUGGUUCACGAGGAGGCCAACUCAGAGAAGAAUAAUCUCGCAAGCAGACUACAUGGGAACUGACCCUGAUCGAAGAAUGGUCUUAGCGGAAGUGACGUCAACAUGGAAAAGUGGUUACAGGGCUGUCCCACACAAUUUAGAGGGACAAGUAUCGGUCCCUAAAUGGGGCAUCUACCAUCCCGUUGCCAUACUAGGGAUAAAUUCUGAAGGAAGGUACCUACAGGCACCGUCACGUCAAAAACGAGAAGAGUAUGUAAUCGUCGUCAUCACACCAACGCCAUAUGAAUUAGCACAACAAAAUGCUGCGACAGAUACACCAACUCCAUUUGGCUACAGUCCUUUUGAUUCUGGCAUAACAGUUUUCUCUGUGAACAAUCCAACCCCAACUUUAGCGUUUUCAAACCAUCCAAUCGCUCAAUCGACCACUUUACCUCCAGUUUCAGAACCGCCCAUAAAUUACCAAAUUAUCUACCAAACCUUCUACAGCGAGGUCCUCAAAGUUUGGACAUCCCUGGCUCCCAGCGAGAAUUUGAAGCACACCAUAGGAGAACAAUUAUGCUCAUUCUUUGACAUAUCCCCUUUCUUGAUCACCAACAUCACCCUCCUGAGCAAUGCUGAAGGUAGAGCAGUGGUGAAGUUCCAGGUGUUGGCGAAUGUUAUCGUGUCGAACGUGAAAGCCAGCAACUAUUUCUACAACGUACGAAAGAACAACCCCCAGGAACAGUUCACACUGAAACUGCAGGAUGGCCAGGAAACUGUAUAUAUAAAGCAGAUUCUCAAGUUCUGCAAUUGGACAGACAACGGCUUCUGCGGUGGCAACAUAAUAUGUCCACUCGGCUACACGUGCACGGCAGACCCGAUGUGCAACUUGCAGUGCCUUAAAACGACCACAGACCCCCCACCGCCCAACAACAACCUCUACGCCCUCUUCGUCAUCCCCAUCGUCGUCAUCAUUGUUCUCAUCUUGGUUCUUCUCUGGUACUUCCGCUACAGACGACCCUCGGAGAAAGUCAAAAUAGACUUGAACGAAUUGGGUUACGUUGAAAACAGGUCAAAAUACGGCGGUACGACGGCCAGGCGCAAGGAUACGAUAUCCGGAUUGUCCCUGGCCAAUGCCGGAGUCAGGAACGAGGUGUUUGCUACUAUGGGUCGAAAUUACGGAUUUUCUUUGGAAAAUGGCGACUUCACCCCGGCACCUGAUGACGACCUGGGAAUUUCCAAGAAAGAAGAAUACGAAGAUGUUAAAACAAACAUGUUUUAAAUAAAUAUUGCUGUAAAAAAAUUUUACGAUCAAACGUCAGAUAGCAUGCAUGAAGAUACAAAUGAUAAACACUGAACAAAAUUACUUGAUUGCAAGAUACUUUCAUACUUUUAACGAUCGAAUGUUGCAGGAAUUUAUUUAUGUUCUUAUCCAUCUAUCACUAAUCACCUUACCAUUUUGAAUAAUGGUGAACAUUCCUAAUACAUUUAAUUUCUACCGAAAAUGUCAAUGAUGACUAAAACUGUAAAUAAACUUUAAUAUUUAAAAGAUCUAACAUUUUUAUAAAAUCAUAGUGACAAUUCCCAUUACGGUUAUACGCAUGCGUUAUAUACGUAGGUCAUAAUAUAUUACGUAUGAAAUGUCAUCAACGUUAAAGAUGAAAAUAAAUGGCUACAUAAACCACAUAGACAAUAAAAAUCGUUGCUUAUCACUUCAAUUAUCAUCACAAUCAUCGCUAUUAUCAUCAUUAACAUGUUUCAUCACCAUCUUCAUAGUUAUUAUCACCAGUCGAAAUAAAUCUACAGCUGAUUUGGACUGUUUUUUUGGUUGAUUUGACAUUUUUCGAAAGAAUAAAAUCUUUAACCUCAAAAUUUUAUUCCAGAGUUUUAUUUCGAUAACAUUAUCAUAUAAUAUAGUAGUGUAUAUAUAUAUAUAUAUAUAUAUAUAUAUAUAUAUAUAUAUAUAUAUAUAUAAACCAUAUUACUCAUAAACCAGCUUAUAUAUAUAUAUAUUUAUACACAUUUAUAUAUAUAUAUAUAAUACAUAUAUAGAAUUAAGACUGUCAGAAAUGCAGUUUUUGAUGAAGCAUGUUCCGCGUUAGUUAGCUUCCAGUUUAAUUUUUCGACAUUUCUAACGGUAGAUCGUAAAUCAUUGUCAAGUUUCUUGAGUUUAAAACUAAAAUUUUAAUAAAACUAAAUAAAAAUUUUGGUUUUGAACUCAAGAAACUUAACAAUGAUUUACGAUCUACUGUUAGAAAAAUCGAAAAAUUUAACUGGAGGCUAACUAACGCGGAACAUGCUGUGAUUUUCAUCAAUAAUUGCAUAUAUAACACACACACAGACACACGCACACACAGACACACACACACACAUAUGUAUAUAUAAUACACACAUAUACAUACAUACAUACAUACAAAAACAUAUAUAACAGAUAAGAAAGCUCCAAGAAAAUUGAAGUCUUCGAACAAAUAUGCAUACAAAAGGACAACUACUACAUGGUGCAUAUGCCUGAAUAAGUUAAUGGAAAGAAUUAUAUAUAUAUAUAUAUGUUUAAAAAAAUAGUUAUAUAUAUAUAUAAACUUAAAAAUUAGAAAAAUCUAAAAUUGUUUCACUACCCAUAUUAAAAAUAUAUUAAUAUAUUUCGUCUAUAUAUAUUUGAUUACGUAAAAAUGAUUUUUAACGUUGUAAGCGUUACACAUCUUACAAAGUUACAUACUAAUCGUUCUAUGUGUGUGUGAGAUGUUUUGGCGGUUAUUGCACUUAAAAGCAGCAGAUGACAAAUGAACGUCAGCCGGAUAGAUCUGUAAUAUGUGAAAAAAAUAAUUUAUUAGGCUGGGCGGAAAGGCUGGCUGGAUGAAAAAAUUUACCAAAUUUCAAUUUUCUUUCUGGUUUAAAAUUGGGUAACUUAAAAAACAUUCACUCAAAAAUUAGAAGUAGAGGACAGAGAAAUAUAAACGUUAUUUUGUUGCGUGAAUUUGGUGACAAUUUGUAUACAAAUAUUCUGUAUGUAUGCCUUCGUGUGUGUGUGCGUGUGUGUGUGUUUGUGUGUAUGCGUGUAGUAUAUACGUGCGUGCGUGUGUGUGUUUUGGUACGCUAGAAAAGUUUUGAGACUAGAGAAAUAAAUACUUAAUAAUAUUAAACCAGCUGAACAAUUGAACAAUUGCAACGUAAAAAUAAAUAAAUAAUGAAUAGGUGUAAUAAUAUUUAUAUUUCAAUAUAUAAUAAAAUACAAUAAAUAAAUAAAGCCUAGAAUAAGUAAAUAUUGAAUGAAAAAAGAGAAAUUAUUUAGAUUAAAAGAAAAGAGAAAAAAACCAUACCACCAGCACGAGCAAAAUUUUAUAUAAGCAUCAAGAUGUACAGCUCAAAUAAAUAAAAACACACACACGCACACACACACGUACAUACGCACGCACCACACACACACACAUACAUACAUAAAAAAAUACAUAAUUAUAUAUCAAUAUUAUAUGAAGACACUAUACUAGAUAUUACAAUAAGAAACCAUGUUGCAAUAUCAGAGCAUAUAAGAUGGGACUUUAAAGGCACCAUGUAUAAAGCAUAUAUCAUUAUCAUUUAGUUAUCACCAUCCUAAGAAUAAAUGGCAUACAGAAAAUAUAUUUUGUAUGUUGUAGAAUGUAAAAAAGUGAAAUAAUUACAAUGGUUGUCAAAAAUAACAUUACAAUACAAAGAUGAAUGACUUAUUAUACAAAUAUUAUAUUAUCUAUAUAGGUGAAGCAAUCUCUCUCUCUUUCUCUACCUCUAUCUCUCUAUCGUUCUAAACCUAUAUAUAUAUAUAUAUCUAUAUAUAUAUAUAUAUAUAUAUAUAUAUAUAUAGAAGGAAAUGAUAGAAAGUAAGAGAGAGAGAGAAAAGAGAGAGAGGCGGUGAAGGAUUGUGAACAAAAUGAGAAAAA